AAGCGGGGCGGGUGCGGGCAGAGCGCGCUGUAGCCGGGUCUACAGCGGGCGAGUGUGUGACCCCCCCUCCCCUCCCCCCCCCGGCUAUGGCGCCUCAGAAACACGGCGGCCCCACAAACACCGGACCACCCCCGGGGGGAGCGGCGCCCAUCAAGAGGGCCAAGAUGGAGCAGAUCCGACACGACCACGAGCUCUUCCUGCAGGCCUUCGAGAAACCCACCCAGAUAUAUCGGUUUCUGAGGACACGGAAUCUUAUUGCCCCAAUAUUUUUGCAUCGGACGCUCACAUACAUGUCACACCGCAACUCCCGAUCAAAUGCCAUAAGGUGA